AUGAAGGAACAAGAUCAGAUGCCCGGGGACAUGAUAUUCCCCGAGGCUAAGUUAAAAGCUUUAGAAGAAAAAAUUUCUCAUCCCCGGUGGGUUGUACCUGUUUUACCUGAACAAGAACUAGAAGCUCUUUUGAUUGCCUCAACUGAAUUGGCUGCAAAAGGUGAAGAUCUGAACAACCCAUCUUGCCAACGGUUUUACAAUGAUGCGUUGACUGUAUCAUUUACAAAAAUUUUAACUGAUGAUGCAGUCUCAUCAUGGAAGAGCAAUAUUCAACAAUGUGUGCGUUCAAAUUGUGAAAAAUUGGUAAAGUUAUGUGCCAUGAAGCUAGAUGAUCCUAGAUUUUUACAUCUCUUAUAUAUGGCUUUCAAUCCAAAUAACAAGUUCCACACUUUUAACGCCACAAGAACAAGUGAAGGUUUAUCAGUGGCAAACAUUACUGCAACAACAGGGCAGGGAUCUACUCAGGAACCUGAAGUGUUUGCUCGAUCACAAGAUCAUCGUACACCAAGGGGAUGGCUGGUCCAUCUAAUUAAUUUAUUUGGUCAAGCUGGAGGGUUUGUAAAGCUUAGGGAAAGAUUUGAAACAAUAAUGGGUUUUAAAAAAUCUGAAUUAACAUCAUCUGUUAUAAGUGAGGAAAAAGUUUCAAAUGAAAUAACAGAAAAGGAAAAUGAGGAAACUAAAUUAAACUCCAAUGAAAAUAUACCAUCUAUAACAGAAAGCAUUGAGAGUUCAAUGACAAGAAAUGAACAGCCAUCAUCAUUAGAACAAUCAAUAAAUGGUGAAACACGUGUUGCAGCAGUCUGGCAGCUCUUACGCCCCUUAGGUCUUUGCCAUGAUCUCCUCACCCCAAAUACUGUUACUGUUUACCUUCUACCUGUGUUGGAAUGUAUACCAACAUUAUUGGAAAGCUUAACAGAUGAAGAAUUGAAACGAGAGGCAAGGGGUAGUGAAAAUAAGACAGACAUAGUAUCAUGUUUGAUAAGAGCUUGCAAAUGUGUAUCGAUUAAAACUCCUCAACAUCACAGUUUACUUAAAUCAUUAGAAAUGUUUCGGUUGAAGAUGAUUUUACGUCUAUUGCAAAUGUCAUCGUUUAAUGGUAAAAUGUCGGCGUUGAAUGAAAUCAACCAGCUCAUCAGUACUAUCUCCCAACAACCAAAACCAGAAUGGCUUACUCCUGCUGUAAUAACGAAUUGGAUUCGUGAAAAUAAAGUCGUGGAUAUAGUAUUACGGGAUUCGCUCCACCAACCUCAGUAUGUGGAUAGAUUAGAGAAGAUGCUCAGGUUCAUGAUCAAAGAGAACUCUCUGACUAGGGACGAUUUGGAUGCUAUAUGGAGAGCGCAACACGGAAAACAUGAAGCUAUAGUAAAGAACCUACAUGACUUGUUGGCUAAACUAGCUUGGGACUUCACACCUGAUCAACUUGAUCAUUUGUUUGAUUGUUUCAAGGCAAGUUGGGCAACAUCAAGCAAGAAACAAAGUGAUAAGUUGUUAGAAGUAAUCCGAAGACUGGCAGAGGAUGAUAAGGACGGUGUUAUGGCUAAUAAGGUGCUGGUACUCUUUUGGAACUUGGCUCACUCAGAUGAAGUUUGUACAGAAAUCAUGGAUGUAGCACUAGCAAAUCUAAUAAAAAUACUUGACUAUAGCUGUAGUCAGGAUCGUGAUGCUCAAAAAACUUUAUGGUUAGACAAAUGUGUAGAGGAAUUAAAAAAUAACGACAAGUGGGUGUUGCCGGCGUUGAAGAUGAUGCGCGAGAUAUGCUGCCUGUACGAGGCGGGCGGCGGCUCGGGCGUGCGGCCACACGUCACGCGCCAGGAGCUCAUCGACCGGCUGCAGACACAGCACUCCCUCGUUAUACUCGUCACCGACUCCCUCACACAGUACAUGGACGCUGUUCGGAAUAAAUUAGCUGCGGAGGGUACGAUUGAUUGGGAUAACUGGUUACCGGAUGGACGAUAUCCGCACGCCGCACAAGUUCAUGAAAGACUUAGUUUUCUUCGGUUUUUACUUAAAGAUGGACAGUUAUGGCUUUGUGCUGAACAAGCGAAACAAAUUUGGAUAUGCCUAGCUGAAAGACCCGCACACUUGGGUGAUCGCGAAGCAUGUUUUCGAUGGUUCAGUAAACUUAUGGGUGAAGAGCCCGACUUAGAUCCUAAUAUUAACUUGCAUUUUUUUCGACGGAACAUUAUGACACUGCCCCCAAAUCUACUAACCCAUUCUGGAAUCAAGUGUUUUGAAAGGUUCUUUAAAGCCGUAAAUUCCAAAGAAGGCAAACUUAAAGUUAAACGCCGUAGUUUUUUACUAAAUGACGCUGAUCUCAUAGGCUUAGAUUAUUUAUGGAGGGUGAUAACCGAGUGCGAGGACGAGAUCUCAGCGCGCGCGACGGAGCUGCUGCGCGAGGUGAGCACGUGCACGGGCCCCGCGCUGUCGCCCGCGCACCACCACGAGGCCUUCCUCACGCAGUGCUGCGCGCGCACGCAGCGCCUGCAGAAGGACAUGGACCUGGCUGAUGUUGCAGAGUGUUGUACAAGAAUGUGUAGAGUAAUUCGUGCCAUACAAGAAUAUAUAAAUGAAUGUGAUAGAAGAUUCACUGCAGAACGACAAAUUCUUCCGAUCUAUAGAUCUGGUAGAGGCAGGCAAUGUACAAUUAUAGUAAGAUUUAAUUUCCAAACAGGUCAAAGACAAAUUGAAGAUAUAGAACUGUUUUCUCAUUCUAAUGAAACAUUACAUUCUUUACGUUCAGCAGUUCAGAGGAGAUUAAAAUGUGCGUCAGAUAGCAAUAUUAAAUUAGAAAUGUACAUAAAUAAGCUAGAGUUGUAUGUUAAUGGAGAACUUUUGGAUACAAGUCAUGACCGUAAAAUACUCUCUCAAAUACCUCUCAGGGAUAAAACUGUGAUUGUUGCUAAGGUUUACGAUGGACAAGUAUGUGGAAGCGGUGGCUGUGGAUCUUCAAAUGAAUCAACUAGUGACUCAAGUACUUCAUCUCCCCCCCUACCUCCCACCCCCGAACAUGCUCUGCCAGGAGUUCUAUUCGCUCAAGGCUCCUGGUACAUACCCUUCAUUUUAGAAUUAGAACAUAUUGGUAUUACAAAAGGACACCCACAGUUGACAGAAGCUGCACAUUUGCUUUCCCAAAUCUGUCCCAGUCAUAAGCAAACUGUGGAAAAAUUAACGGAAUCUCUUCUCAGUCGAGAUGAUACAAAAUUGAGAGAUAUGCUUUACGGACCGGCACCGCCCACUGUCGCAUACAGUAUAGAGGUGCUAUAUAGCAUGAUAAUGCCGUCAUCAGACACAAGGCUAGAACGCAACCGAAGUUUCCAGUUGGCUUGUGUCAAGAAAGCUCCAUUGCUUGUGCAAUGCUUAUCUGAUAGUGAAUUCUUGAAGGAUGCAGCACCUCAUACGAGAAGGGUUGGUUACUUAGCGUUAGUUAGAUUGGCUAAAUUGGCUUUGUACACUUUAGGGCAUCUCUUUGAAAUUCUUGCGCCCGAUGGAUCCGACACAUCUGUGGAUAAAGAUUUAAGAAUGGAUGUAACGAUAUUGCGAGAGGCACUACAAACGGUACCCAAUCAUAAUUGUGAACUCAUCGUAAAAGCCGUAGCAGAAAAAUUAGCGAACACUUUAGGUGAACAGAUGGUGAGCAGCAGUGAAGAUGGCGACUCGGUAUCGUCGCUGGUGUGGUGGCGCGUGCCCACCGCGGCCACCGUGCGAGCGCUCUACGCGCUCGCCUACUCUGUGGCGCAGCCCUCUGAACAUAACGGUCUCGUGCAUUCCGAUGACGUUAUAUUGGUGCGAGAAUGUAUGGAAGUUGUGACGAUAUGCAUCGCACUGGGUGGAGGCCAUUUAGAAUCUCUUUUACAUGAAUCAUGGUGGCAAGAUACGGCAUUGUACUUAAUGAUUGAUUGUCCCAAUCCUCAAGUGAGGGUAUCAUGCGCAGAACAGUUGCUAGCGAUGUGCGCGUGGGGCGGCGGCGGCGGCGCGCGCGGCGCGCUGGCGGCGCUGGGCGGCGCGGGCGGCGCGGCGGCCGACCCGCGCCUCGCCGCGCACGCACGCCACGCGCAGCAGUUCCUGCAGCUGCUGUGCCGCCUCGUGUCGCUCGCGGGGCCCACCUCGCGCACCUUGGAAGAUUUAGCUGUGGAGGUGGAAUGGUUGCGAGCUGUACGCGCAAACCCAGCAACUCUAGACGACACUUUAUUAGAGGGCCAUUUGAACUUGACUAAAGAAUUGUUCACACAUGUGCCAGCCCAAAUAAAAUUUCAGUAUGGUGCACAUCCUGACCAUAAAGAUUCAGGUCUUAUUAAGGAGGUAACAACAGAAUUCCUAUGGCCGUACUCGUGGGCGUGGUGCCGCAUGGGCGGCGAGGGCGAGGAGGGGCGCGGCGAGGCGGGCGAGGGCGCCACGCCGCUGUGCCGCACGCCCGGCGCCGCCGCCGCCGCCACCGAUCUGCUGCUGGCGCUGGUGCACGCCUGCGUGCCCAACAUGGCCGCCCUCGCUAAUCUACUCGAUCUCAUGUUUUAUAGCGACAAAGCCAUGGGCCUGUCGGAGUGGGAGUACAUGCCGUGCGUGGGGCCGCGGCCGGCGGCGGGGCUGGUGGGGCUCAAGAACGCGGGCGCCACGUGCUACAUGAAUUCCGUGCUGCAGCAGCUGUACUGCGUGCGGGCGGUGCGCGACGUGCUCCUCGCCGUGCAAGGGGCUGCCACUGAUCCGAAUGAAGAUUUUUCUGGUGAAUCACAUCAUCACAGUAUACAUGAAAAUAAUGUGGAGGGCAACACAGAUUACAAUAUCACAAUACUCAAGCAAGUUCAGGCUAUAUUCGCACACUUACAUUAUAGCAAGCUCCAGUAUUACAUUCCCAGAGGACUAUGGGCUCAUUUUAAGCUUCAAGGAGAACCCGUCAAUUUGCGGGAGCAACAAGAUGCUGUGGAGUUUUUUAUGUCACUGGUAGAGUCAUUAGAUGAAGCUCUUAAAUCCUUGGGUCAAGAACAACUAAUGGCUAAGACAAUGGGAGGAACAUAUUCAGAUCAGAAAAUCUGUAAAGGUUGCCCUCAUAGAUAUUGCAAAGAAGAACCAUUUAGUGUGGUUUCUUUAGACAUUAGAAAUAUGUCGCGACUACAGGAAUCGUUAGAAGCGUAUGUGCGAGGGGAGCUUUUGGAAGGUGCUGAUGCUUAUUAUUGUGAUAAAUGUAGUAAGAAGGUUGUAACUGUAAAGCGGUUAUGUUUGAACAAGUUACCUCCUGUACUAGUUAUACAGCUGAAGAGAUUUGAAUACGACUUCGAGAAAGUGUGCGCCAUAAAGUUCAAUGACUACUUUGAAUUUCCUCGAGAUCUAGAUGUGGAACCAUACACAGCGUGGGGCCUGGCGCGCGCGGAGGGCGACGCCACGCUGUGGGAGGGCGGCGCCGAGACCACGCCCGAAACGCACUACCAGCUGAGCGGCAUCGUGGUGCACUCGGGUCAAGCUUCCGGCGGACAUUACUAUUCUUAUGUACUCUUGAGGGACAAUGGUAGCGAAGCGGGUCGCUGGGUAAAACUGGAUGACGGCGAUGUAUCAGAAUGUGCAAUGCAAGACGAUGAGGAGAUGAAAGCACAAUGUUUCGGCGGAGAGUACAUGGGCGAGGUAUUUGAUUCCACUAUAAAAAGGGUAACUUAUAAACGACAAAAGCGAUGGUGGAAUGCAUACAUGUUGUUCUACACGAGGAAAGACAUGGUUGAAACGUCGGGCCUCGAAAAAUCUAUGCAAAAUAUGACACUAAAGGAGAAUAACAUACCGAAACCUAUUUGGAAUUCAGUUCGUCGUAGUAAUAUCGCUUUCUCACACAAUCAAGAUCAGUUCAGCUUGGAACAUUUUAACUUUAUGAAGAAAUUGUGUUGUAUGCGUUUGCAAGUAUUGCCAGGUUCACAAAGUGCAGUGUGGGGUCCAGAGCAUGAAGAAAUGUCGAUGUUAGCGGUUCAGCUAGCUUCGAAGUUCUUGUUCCAAGUAGGCUUUCAUACGAAAAAGACGUUGCGCGGUCCUGCUUCAGAUUGGCAUGAUAUCCUCUGUCAGCACUUAAGAUGUUCUCAGGCUGUUAGAACUUGGUUUGCAACAGACCUCUUCAAACAUCCCCACAGGUUAUGUGACUAUCUCCUGUCUUGUCCAUCUGCAGAAGUGAGAGUGGUGUUCAUGAAAAUAAUAGUUUUCUUAGCACAUUUUGCUAUCCAAGAUCCACCAGUGCCCUGCGGCUUCGGGUCGUGGUGCUCGCGCGAGGAGGCCGCGUCGCUGUCGGACCAGGUGCUGUGCAGCGCGCGCGCGCUGGCCGCGCCGCCGCACGCGCUGGCCGCGCCGCCGCACGCGCACCACGCCGACCACCGCCACCUGCCGUUGCUGUUCAAUCUGUUCCACGCGUACGCCAUGCUGGGGCUGCCCGAGCGGCACCAGCUCUUGCGGCUUAAAAUUUUGGACAUCGUGCUAACGGUUUGCUUGGACGAUACUUCUUCCUCCAUCGGAAAAUAUCAAUAUCCAGAAUCAGCAAAAAUACAUCAGGUGGUGUGCGCCCUCGUCCGCUGCUGCGACGUGAGCGCGCGCUGCCAGUCGGCCGGCGCGGGCGAGGGUGCGCCGCCGCUGCCCAACCCGUACGCGGACCCGCCGCCUGCCCACGCGCACGCGCACGCGCCGCGCCCCGCGCUCUCCGCCGCCGCCCUCGACGUACUGUACAACCGGACUGGUACUUACAUGAAGAAACUAACAGAAGAGUGUUGUGGUUGUGAAGAAGGUAUAAGAUUGCUCCAGUUCCUGUGCUGGGAGCACGCGGGCUGGUCUCGGAUGGCGCUUGCCGAGCUGCUGUGGCAGAUGGCCUACGCGUUCUGCCACGAGUUGCGCCGCCACGCCGACGCGCUCACCGCGCUGCUGCUCAUGGAGGACAGCUGGCAACACCAUCGGAUACACAACGCUAUCAAAGGUGUUUCCGAAGAGCGUCCCGGUCUCUUAGAGACUGCGUUGCGCGCCCGCGGGCACUACCAGAAGCGCGCGUACGCGUGCGUGAAGCUGGUGGUGGGCGUGAUGUGCCGCACGCCGCUGGCCGUGCGCGCGGUGCACGCGCAGCCGGACGCGCGCCGGCGCUGGCGGCAGCUGCUCGCCUGGCUGCAGGACGAGUUGGAUAGAUAUGGGCCUGGAGGUUACGGUUCCUACGGAACGUGGUCGCCCCCUAGCAUUUCAAACGAAACUUCUAGUGGAUAUUUUCUUGAAAGAAGUAACUCCGCCAGAAAAACUCUAGAAAAAGCCUAUCAGCUGUGCCCUGAAGAAGAAGAGGAGGAGGAGGAAUCACGUGACGCGGGUUCCGGGUCGGGCUCGGGCGAGGCGGGCGAGGACAGCGGCGACGACGACGCGCCCGACGACGACGAGCCCGCGCCGCGUCGUUUGCACCUGGCACCGCCCGCCCCGCCGGCGCCGCCCGCCCCGCCCGCGCCGCCCGCCCCGCCGGCGCCGCCCGCACCGCCCGCGCCGCCCACCGGCCUG